CUUGUGCGAGUGUAAGAAGACUAGUGUCAGCGUACGUGUACCGGGUUACGUGUUGUUACGAGAUGAACGUCGUUCUAAUCCCGUUCUUCCUAGCGGCCAACGUAGUCGUGAACGACACGUCGAAAUGGACAUUCGGGGCGAAAUAUUCGUACGACCUAAACAUGACGUACAUGAUAAAAACGGACCCUCACGAGCCGGUGGAAACCAUGACUCUGAUAUCCAAGUUGAACUGCCGCCCUAAAUCGGCGGACAAUCUCUUCUGUCACUUGCAGAACUCCACGAUCGUGAAUUUCGGGCGGAAUCCCAACACGACCCGGGAAGUGGAGACCGAACAAAUGUUCGAGAUCAAGUUCAGCGAACGUGGGGUGGAAGGCCUCACGAUCGAGCCGCCGUCUCGCAUGGAGGUGGUGAACAUCCUCAGAAAGAUCGCCAAUCAGUUCAGCAUAGGUGUCGAUUGGCGCAAGAUCGAGCGGAUAUCGCAGUUCAUGGCCAGGGAGAAUUCGUCGAUGGGAAAUUGCGCGACCGUAUACAGGAUCAGACGCGGAGAGCUCAAGACGAACACGAUCGGGGACGAGCAGGUCGACGAUGACUUCCGGUUCAUCGCGUCCACAAUGCUGGCCGACGACGACGCGAAACCUAUAACGAACCUGUUGAUCGAGAAAUCGCGAAUGGGGUGCAUCAAUCCGCCGCGAUACGUCGACUUCUCAUCGGGAAUUUUAAAAAUGGGGAGAUUUGUCACCAAAAUACAGAUCAAUAAUAAAUUCGAAGUCUCUACUGAAUUUGAUGGGAAAAUACGACCUCCGAUUGACUCCAUGAAUAGAAUGCUGUCGUUCAAGGAAAUUAUGCAGCUUAAUUUGAAAAGCAUUGAUCCAGCGGAAGGCGAAAUUCCACCCAUUUCCUACGGCGAAUCGAUUGAUCUAAAUAUUAGUACUGAUAUACCAAGCAAUUUCAUAAAUUAAAAAGCGAUAAAUACGUGCGCUUUAUGUUCUAUUCAUAGGCAAACUGUAAAAUUUGCGUCAAUUUUUUUAAAUCAAGUUGAAAAUUAUAAAUUAUAUACUAAGUAAAACUAUAAAUAAAGCUUAAUAAAUAGCAUUUCAUAAAA